GAGACCAGGUAGUGUUACUGUUUACUUAGCUCAUAACAGGCAUGUAUUAGUUCUGUUAUAAGAAAUAUUUUUAGUUUUAGGACUUCCAAAAUGAAGAAACACUAACGACACAAUGCAGGAGGUUGGUAAUGCAGUAACAGUACGCGGGGCGUACAAAAAGUACGGGUCAGAUGUCGUGUUACUCGGGUUAGAUCUCACCGUGGGAGACGGCACCAUAUACGGACUGCUGGGACCCAGUGGCUGUGGCAAAACUACACUGCUGCGCUCUAUAGUGGGCUUGAUGAGGCUAGAUGCUGGCGAGAUAUAUGUUAAGGCUGGCAGGAAGAACAAUGUUGGCUACAUGCCUCAGGAGCUCGGCCUGUAUGAGCACAUGGACAUUGUGGAAACCUUUCAUUACUUCGGGAAGCUGUAUGGAAUGAAACAGGAAGACGUUUAUGACCAAAGUCAGGAUUUAGUGGAGUUCCUGGAACUUCCUGGCUAUGAUAGGCUCGUAGGAUCUCUCAGCUCUGGGCAGCAGAGGAGAUUGUCAUUUGCCGUUGCCAUAAUUCACAAUCCUGAUCUCCUAAUUCUGGAUGAGCCUACAGUGGGACUUGAUCCAAUACUAAGUGCAGCAAUUUGGGACCGGCUCUUAUUGAUGGCUUCUAAUCAGCAGAAGACAAUUAUUCUGACAACUCACUACAUUGAAGAAGCUCGAAAGGCUGAUGUGAUUGGACUGAUGAGGGACGGAGUGUUACUGGCAGAACAGUCGCCGACCACUCUAAUGGUCUCACAGGGCUGUGACUCCCUAGAGGAGUCCUUCCUUAUGCUCAGUCAGCAACAGGAAUCCUCAAGAGUAAUUCAAUCUCAAGGAAUGCCUAAGGAACAUAUUCCUGAGAACCAUAAAGAAGUAAGAUCUUCUUUGUUUGACUCCACCACGUUCUGGAAUUCCGAUCGGUUCAUCGCUCAAUUACUCAAAAACAUUAAAUGGUACCGCACAAAUUUACAUAUACUGGCAGUUCUUAUCUUUCUACCACCAGCUAUAGCUUUCAUAAUCCAGUUCCAGCUAAACAACAAUAUUUUAGAUAACCUGUCUCUUGCGGUCGUGUCACCCGAGCUCCCCGAGGGGCAAGCCACCUGCUCUACCCUCCAGCGAACAGGAUGUAACAGCGGUGGCCGUCCUUUCACCUGCAGAUUCAUAGACUUCCUCACCAACUCUUCAUUAGGCAUUGUUGUCUACGAUGAUCUUAAAGAAGCAAGGAUGGCAGCAAGGAAGAACAAAGUUUGGGGUGUUCUACAUUUUAAUGAGAUGUAUACGGACGCCCUUACGGACCGUAUAAACUUUGAUCUUUUUUCUAAUAAUAACACUGUUGUGAACGCCAGUUUUAUUGAUGUAUAUAUGGAUAUGUCAAACAUGUUGAUCAGUACCGCUUUAAUAACAGAAAUGUUUGAAGAUGUGAGAUCUAUGAUUCAAGGGAUGUUAGAAGAAUGUGGUUUAAACCCAAAAAUAUUUGAUAUACCUCUACAGAAAAUGCCACCUGUAUAUGGCUCUAACAAUCCAACCUUUCUGGAGUUUGCAAUUCCAGGCAUUUUGUGCGCGGUAUCAUUUUGCAUGCCUGUAAUCUAUGGAAUAGGAGCCAUAAUGUUUGAGAGAGCUAUAGGACUGGAAAGAAGUUUUGUAGCAGGUCUAACAAAGUUUGAGGUGGUGAGUUCCCACUUCGUCUCACAAAUGGUGAUUGCUGUCCUGCAAGAACUACUGAUGUUUUUCGUCUUCUACCGUGUCUACAACAAUCCUCACGAGGGCAAAAUGUACCUGACCUUCCUGCUUCUGCUCUUGGUGCAGUUGUUGGGCACCUUCUUUGCACAUGUAGUAGCUAUAUCUCAUGCAACUGAGCGUUCCGCAAUGACUACAGGCUUUGGAUUCGUACAAAUACUUUCUAUAGUUGGUGGAAUAAUGUGGCCAGUGGAAGGGAUGCAUGGAAUACUGCGCAAUAUAGUGUGGGCGAUCCCCAUGCUGCCCGCAGUUGAAGCGUACCGAGCCAUCGUCAUGCGGGAUUGGAACAUCUCCCACCCUGUCGUCUUCAAGGGCUUUCUCUCUACUUCCGUCUGGACUGUAAUCUUCCUCGUCAUGGCUAUCGUACUCUCCCGCAGAAAAAAGUUCGCACUAUAACAUUGCUCUCUGAUUUUAUUUUCAGCCAAAAACACACCAAAACUGUCAAAAUAAAACGUUGUUAUGUAUUAUGUAUAAGUUUUCGUAAGUAUAAAUCCUCUCACAAUAAUUUAGAAGAGAUAUCAUUAAAUGUUAUGUUGUAGUAAUACAGAGCAUAACUAAAUCCUGUAGUAAUGGUACCUGGUUUUGUUGCCAUUUAUAGAGCAUAAUUUUCAAAUAAUAAUGCUUCAAACUUUU